AUGUCAACGACGACAGGAAAGUGUUCAAUUUGCCAAAAAUCUUUGGGUAAAGAUAAUAAAAGAGAAUUAACAACAGUUUGCGGUCAUACAUUUCAUCGUGAGUGUGCUCAACAACGACUCACUAAAGGAAAGUCAAAAGAUUGUCCAAUAUGUCGCAAAGAAACAGCUCUGGCGGACGCCUUCUACAAAAAUAUUCAGACUCUUAACAAUCCAUGUGAUCUUACACAAAGUAAAAUUGUAAAAAAUAGUGACAAAGUCGAUCGUGCUGCUUCAGAAUUAGCAUCGCAUAAGUCCCACUCCGCUGGUGCUAGCGAAAUAGACAAAAAUGAAAACAAUUCUCGUCAUUCAAAUGCUGUGACAGAAAAUAAUAAUGAGGAUCAAACGACAAUGAGAGUAAAAUCGAAUGACCAAAACUGGAAUAAACAAGAGAACACCGAAUGGGAUUGUGACAAAUGUGGUUAUCAUAAUGAAAGUUCAGCUAUAGUGUGCAUGACGUGUAAGCUAGCAAACUCAUCCACUAACGAAAAACGACAUACAGCUCGACAAUCAAAUAGAACUUUACAACCGAUAGAUCAUUCACCAUCUUUAUCGAGUUUAUCUUCCAAGACAGUACCACAAAUAUAUCCUGGACUUAAUGAUGAAAGUUAUCCACCAUCUCAGUCAACUUUCGACCGAUUGCCUUUACCUAAAAUUGGCUCGGCAUCCACAUCGUACACAAAAGACAUGAAUUCAUUAGAAGCAGUCUCUACUACGAACAUCAAAUUAAAGCCGGUAAAAGAUAAAGCAGAAUCAUCUACUUCUUCUACAUCAUUGCAUCAACAACGUCAAGUACCAGUUUAUAUUUCUGAUUUGCCUUUAGACAUUGAAGAUGAUAAUCAACUAGCAAGUUUGAUUCGUCAUCGUGUUGAAACAGCUCUGAACAUUGAAAUAAGCGCCAUAAAGUGUUACUCGAAAUUAGGUAUUGGUGUCAUGCAUGUCUCUAAUCAAAUAAAAGAUCAUCUUAUUAAUCACGUUGUUAAACUUUUCCUGCAUCCCAAAAAAGGAGAUAAUACGAUAUCAUUCGUUGAUGCACUUGAACUUGUUUCUUAUAUCGUAAUAAACAUGGAAAAAGAAGAAAACGAUCUUGUUUUACCAACACCCGAAGAAAUUACUCGCCGAUGGAUGGAGUUACACAAGGGAGGAAAACCACUUGCUUGUGAUCAAUUAAAUAUUCAAUUUCCAAAUAUUUAUCGUCUUGUUUCAGCAUCAUUAGAUGAAUUACUCAGUAACAAUCAUCACCAAGAUUUUAAAAUUAAAAGUCAAAUCGGUCAAAUCUAUUUUUGUGCUGAUUGUAGUUUUCUUGAAGAUGUACCUCGUUCAACUACACAAGAACAAUUGCAAGCUGCUAUUGCUAUUGCUAGUAAACUAUCACACAUUUCAUCAUCAUCUCUUUACAUUCAAAUAAAUAAACAAACUGGUAAUGCAUGCAUUCUUGCUACUGGUACAGCACGAAAAUGGUCACAAAUAAGUUAUAUUUAUCUAGAUGGUAAACCAAUAUCAAAGAAAGAUAAUCUUACUUGUCUUCUACUCAUUAGUCCUGUUCCACAAACAUUUUCUAUUCAAACAAUAAUCAACCACCAAAUACUUGCUGGUAAAGUAAUAGGUCAUAAGCAUAGUGGAGAAAAUCUUAUUCUCGAAAUAUCUGAUAAAAAUGUUUUUGAUGAUUGUGUAAAACAUGGAGACCUUCGUGUUGGUGACAAGUCUAUGUUUCAUAUGGAAGUAUAUGUUGCUUCAAAGAAUCCUGAAGAAAGUGAAAUUGAUGCUAAUACAUGGUAUGCCACACAGAUGUCUAAAUAUAAACCAGACAUUAUGCAAUUCAUUGUCAAUCCUGAACAUUCUAUUUUUCGUUAUAAGUGGAAUGCAAAAAUAUGGCUUGAGCAAUGGCUACAUGCAACGCCAUCUAAACACAGCAGUGAUAAUAUUAAAGGUACAUGCGAUCAAAAGGGUACAAUACUUGAUCAACUACGACAUCAACUUCAAGUGACAGUUAUGUUAAAUACACUUGGCACUGUACACAAAAAACGUUACUUAAUUGGAGAUCGAGAAGUAAAAUUGAAUUUGAACAAUAAACUCAAAACAAUUGUGUAUAAUCAUCAAUCGAAGUUAGAAAAAGAUGGAACAAUACCUUUAAUGACUACUCCUUAUCCUAAAACAACAGUUUCUGUUGUUAAAGAUGAUUGUAUUGCUGUUUGUGAAAAAUUACUUAAAAAAGGCAAACGACCACUUCUUCUCAAUAUGGCUAGUGCAACUAGUCCAGGUGGUGGAUUUCGUAAAGGUGAUGGAGCACAAGAAGAGAAUCUUUUUCGACGAUCUGAUUAUUUUCGAAGUCUUGAUAUUGGUCUUGAUGAUUUCCUAUCAGAGCAAUCAUCACGUGUUUAUUGUUCAUCUAAUGGUCAAUUUGAAUCUUUGUCUGAUCCAACGACUAUGUAUCCAAUGGAUGAAUAUGGAGCUAUUUACACAUCAGGAUUAACUUUUUUUCGUCAUUCUCAAGAUACUGGUUAUGAUUAUAUGGAAAAACCAUUAGAAAAUGUUUGUGCUGUAGCAAUGGCUGCCUAUCGAGAUCCUAAAUUAGAAGAAAAUUGGUUAGCACCGAAAUAUGCUGUUGGAACACGAAAAAAAAUUGAAAAUAUUUUUGCUAUUGCCUAUUAUCAUAAACAUGAUAGUCUUGUUUUAUCAGCUUUUGGUUGUGGUGCAUUUCAUAAUCCACCUAUUCAUGUUGCAAAACUUUUUUCUUCAGUUAUUGAUCAAUAUGCAGGCUUUUUCGAAACGAUUAUAUUUGCUAUUGUUGAUGAUCAUAAUGCAGGACAACGAUUAAAUCCUGAAGGUAAUUUCAAACCAUUUGUAGAUCUAUUAAAUGAAAAAUCUGCAAAACCCAUGAUGCCAAUGAAUAAAGCAAACACAAUGUUUGGUCCUUAUCGACUUUCAUCUGAUGGAUUAAAUGUUGCUGAUGUUUAUAUAUUUGAUUCAACACCAUGUAAUUUUGGAGCUAAAUGUAGCGAUAUUAAUAAUCCUAAUCAUACUCGUCAAUUUUCUCAUCCACCUUGUUGUCCUAGUGUAGCUAUUAGUGGUAAAUGUGAUUUAACAAAUGAUAUUGUUCACAUGAUUUCAUUUCUACAUCGAAAUCAAUGCCAAUAUGGUGGUGAAUGUCGAAAUAUUGAUAAUAAAAAACAUGCUCAAGAAUUUGAACAUCCAUCGUAUUGCAAACAAGGAGCUACUUGUGAAGACAUGGAAGAUAACCAUUUAAAAGAAUAUCGUCAUUUACCAUUGUGUAAGGAUGGAAAAAAAUGUAUGGAUUAUCAAAAACAUGUUAAAAAACAUUGUGAUACAUAUCGUCAUUGUAUACCUCGUUGCUCGUAUGGAAAUCACUGUACUAAUUUUCAUAAUAGGAAACAUACAACUGAAUUGCAACAUCCUUUUCCUACUGCUUGCCCACGUACUCCAUUUCAUUGUCCAACUUAUAUUGCUUUUUCAGAAGCAAUUGAUAUUCAUACUUUAUCAAAAGAUAUCCAUCAACAUUGUCUUGAAUUUGCUCAUGUUUGUCGAUUUGGUCGCAAUUGCACUGAUAAUACAUCAUUGCAUUUAGAAAAGUCUAUUCAUAUAGCUCGUUGUCUUUGUCCAUAUGGUGAUAAAUGUAUAAAACUUAAUCAAGAAGAACAUUUAAAUUCAUAUACACAUCCCGAUAUUGUUGAUAUUCGACGUAUGUGUAAAUAUGCUGAUAAAUGUCAUGAUCGUAAGAAAUUAGAUCAUAGUAUCAAAUUUCGUCAUGCCGUAACUUACGAAGAUAGUGGUGUUGUACGUUAUGAUGCUUUGAAUAAAAGUAUUAAUUUCGUACAAAAUCAAAAUAAUAGUAUUGCUCGUAUUCUUGAUUAUGUCAAAAAAAAUAAUUGGCAACCUUUACCAUCCGAAUCAGUUCCACGUGAAAUUCUCGAUUGGUUUCAUACUGUUCAACCUGUACAUCGAUGUAAUCCAAUUAUAUUUGAAUCAAUUCUUCUUCAUGGACAUGUCAUGAGCCGAGAUUAUAUGGAACAUUUAAAAAAACCAAUAUUCGUUGCUAAUAGUGUUAUGCAACAUAGUCGAAUACGUCGUAUUGAUAACUUACAUAUCCCACAAUACGAACAACAUGCUAGAGAAUAUAUUACUGCUAUUGUUAGUGCUGAAUAUGCAAAGGCUAACUUUCCGCCUCCAAUAGCACCAGAUUUAGGUUCGACACCAUCUCUACCACCUCGUCCAAUUUCUGCAUCUCAUAUCAAUAUCAUCAAAGCAAAAGAAAAAAUUUUGUUAAAUACAAUACCGCAAAACGAUCUGACUGCAUUAAAAUCAAAAGCAAUUGAAAUUGCGCAAGCCUCAAUUAAACUUCACUCGAAUCCAGCAGGAAUUGGUCAUGCACCUGACAAAGCCUUAGGUACUGAUAAACAUGUUUUUAGUGUUCUUGGUCCUCAUCUAGGACAUUAUUAUGGAGAUGUAUUUAUUGUUUUUAAACGAGAAAUUCUUCAUCAUCCUGAUGCAGAUUUUUCUAUUCAAGCAGCAACAUCUUUCAUUAGUGGCAAUACAUAUAAAUGGCGUCCAUGGUUAGGUGAUGAUCCAGGAACGCCAUCAGAACGUGUCAACUUAUAUCACAAUUCAAAAUUACAUGCUUCAAUUCCUGGAUAUGAUUAUGCAAUUGCUCUAGAAUUAAUUGCACUUACAAGCUAUACUUUAAAAUCAAAAUCUUUAGAUAUUGAUCUUAAUAAAAUUCUUAAACGUUAUAUACAAACUGAUUCACAUCAAAAUAUUGAAGCACAUUUACCUCAAUUGAUUCCACUUGACUAUAUAGAUCAUAUUUAUAUUCCACAAAAUAUAUUCGAUUCACUUAACUCUGAUACACGUAAAGCAAUUAAUGCAGUUUUUAAAACUAGUAUUACUGUUACACCACAUCAAGGUGAAGCUAAUCAACCAAUGGGUCCAUUUGGUCCAACACCUACAUCAAAAGAACGCGCUGACUAUCAAACUUAUGUUGUAGCCGAAUUAUUCAAACGAUAUGAUCGAGAUGUUCAUUAUCCACCAGCAAGACCUAUUCAAGGUACUAUUAUAACAAUACCUGGAACCAAUUUUGAUUAUAGUUUUGUUUUACCUCUGACUAUUUCACAAGCCUAUGAACAAUAUCGUAUUGAUCAUCAUCAAUCUCCAAAUGAAAAUAUAGCUUAUAUCUAUUGGCAAGUCAUGAAUGGAGAUAUGAUGUUAGCAUUAUCAAAUGAACCAAUAGAGUUAAAUGAAAAACAUCAACCAAAUCUUCGUUGUUUAAUCUGUUAUAUAGCGCCUAAGUGUGUAUCAUAUGAUACUACUUAUUACGAACAGACUACUUAUUUAAAUUGUGGACAACCUAUUCAACAUCAUGCAUUUGUUAGUAAAAAUGAAUACAAAGCUAAAUCAAAUAGAUUUCAUAUUGGAUGUAAUAUCGAUGAUUUUAUAACUUACUGUCUUGAAAUUCAUCGUUCAACUGGUAAAGUUAUUCUUCGUCAAGCUGGCUCGAAUUCAAUCUACAAUCAUGAAGAGAUAUCUUGUGAAUUCAGUAAAACAGAACUUGAUUUAGCAAAAUUAGAGUUUAUUCAUGUUACUGCUGGUGUUCAAAAAGCAGCUAUUCGAAAUUUAAUAGCUUGUUUUGAGAAACAAAAGAAUUUACAUCCAACAUUUGAUAAAGAUUUCAAGAAAAGUGUUUCAAUAGUAUCUAGUGCAUCACAUGUUAAAGGACCUAGUGGAGAUAGUAAUGGUGAUAGUUCUUCUUUAGAUCCUUGUCCUGAUAAUAUCAACUGUCUUCUUCAAUAUGCAACUGAUAGAUCAGAAACAAGUCAUAAUUCAAAAUUUUCACAUCCAUGUCGUUUUUCUGAACUCUGUCGAAACAAAGAACCACAUCUUACUCAUGACAUUCAUCCAUCUUCUUUAUGUACUUAUGAUAAAAAUUGUAAUAAAUUAACUGAUCCUUUCCAUCGAGCUGAAUAUCGUCAUACAAAUCUACCUGAUUUUCUUGUACCAUGUCGCAAUCAGACAAAAUGUCAAGAUAAAUCAAAUAGACAUCGAAUAAAAUAUUCUCAUGGAGAAAAAGUUUUUGGAAAAACACCAAUUGCAACAUCAGAAGAAUCAAAGUCAACUUCAUCAGAUCGGCAUGUUGAUCAUCGCACGCCUUGUAAAUAUGGUUCCAAAUGUAAAACAAUUAAUGAUCCAAGUCAUAAAGCAAAAUAUUCUCAUCCAAAAUCUAAAUAA